CGUUCACCCGAGAGGCACACAUGCCAUCCUCAAGCAGAGACAGACACAUUUAAACCAGCUGGUGCAGAAACACACAGAUGCUUCAAUGAAUCAGGAGUAAAUUCGCCCAUUCAGACACUAAUUUAACCCUUCAACUUUAACUGGCUUGAUUAUACAUCCGCUCCACAGUGAGAUGCAAAGCAGAUACUUUCUACAACUUCUUUUCGCCUUAUCAUGGCUCAUUGUAUCAAUGGCACGAGAUGUGAUCGGAUCAGGUCACUCCUGUCUCACAUCGAGUCCUGCAGACGACGGACUGACCCGCGUCACGUUUCUGCGAGAGGACGCACCCGGCGCGCACUCCCUGUACCUCAGCCUGUGGUCCGAAGACAUGCGCCCGGUAACCUGCGAAGUGAAUACCGACCCACUGGUCACGGAAAGAUACCUUGGCCUUUGCGGCAGAAGCGGCACGCAGGGUGGAGAAAUCCCCCAGAGGUUUAAUAUCAGCAUGCUGUUGGCUCCGGAUGCGCCCUGCGCGCUCGUUUCCUCCAGCGCGCCAGAGUUGACCAGGCGCAGAAGAAGUGAUGGGACAGAGGCAAAAUCUCGGAGGAAACGGUCUUGGAUAUUUCCUGGGACGCUGUGGUGCGGCACUGGAAGCAAAGCAGUCGGAUACGACCAGUUAGGCAUGUUUGAGAGUACGGAUAGAUGCUGCCGAGAGCACGACCACUGCCUUCAUGUCAUCCCAGCUUUCACUAGGAAUUAUGGAGUCUUCAACUCCAAAUUCUUCACCGUCUCACACUGUGACUGUGACCAAAGGUUUCGGCAGUGCCUCAUUGGUGCGAAUGAUACCAUCGCCAGUAUGGUGGGUUACAGCUUCUUCAGCAUCCUGCAGGUUCCCUGCUUUGAGCUCAAAGAGCAGAGGCGAUGCACUGAGAUGUACUGGUGGGGAAUGUGUAAAGUAGCCAAUAACGCGCCAUAUGCCGUCUUCAAAAGCCCUCUCCCUUUCAACACCACUGAUGUUACAAGCCAAUCUGGGGACAACGCUAAUAACAACAAGUUAAAAAGUAGUAUGGGGCAGCGUGUAACCGAAAGCCCCGUGAUGAGCACAGAGUCACCCAAACAUGAACACAGAUGUAGUUACAAAGACUCGCCCAGAGGAGACAUUUUCUACCGCAGAAGGACAAAGGGGAAAGGAUGUAAAAGACACUGGAAACUGUAUACAGCAGCCACCCAGAUUCCCCCAACGUCAAGGGCUCACGCCACUACUCCUUCAAAUGAGACCAGUCUUGUACAUGCUUCUAAAAGUAGUGCAUCGAUGUCAAAUAAAAAGAGAGCUGGAAGAAAGAAGAACAACAGAAAGGGCCUGUCAGCUCGACCCACACAGAGAAGCCACGUUCCACCACGGGUGAGCACAAGCUCUAUUCCACAAAAUCUGACAACAGAGGAGCCAACACUUCAACUACACCUACCAACAGCCAUCACCGCCGUGACCAAAACCACCAAAAGGCGUAAAAACGUUCCCAAAAAAGGUCACUGUUGUGGAUUCAGGAUGCCUCUGAGGGGCGACACUUUUCAGCCUCAUUGUAAAAGUUGUCUAGAGCGAAACAUGACAACUGUUACCCCCUCAAUAACCACAUCUGGAUUACCGAUCAAAGUGACAUCACUUGAUACGCUCAAGCUAAAAAAGACCAAAAAAAAACCAUCCAAACAAGACACGCUGAAACCACUCUGGAGUACAACUACUUCUGCAGCGCCGGCCACAAGACGACUAAAGACAGCAGCCGCCAUUCAGAAGGUCGGCAAGCCACAAAAGCAGUCCCAUCUACUACGGAAUAACACAAGCCAGGAGCCCAUGGGUAGAACCAAAGCCACAAACACACACACAGACCGAGGCCUGAAACCAAAUGUUGCACUGCAUAAAGGUGACAGGUGAGUGUAUGCGGCUGCUGACCACAUCACCUCUGGCGGGGCCCUUUGCAACCUAAAAGGUCCCUCUUCAGUAUCUAAAUGUAAUGUUGACGUCCCAUUAAGCACUUAGUACCAUUUGAGAUGAAACUGUUUAAAUCCAUCGAAAUGAGAUUUAUAAUUUGAAUUCCG